AUGUGAGUCGCAUGAUUAUGACGUCAUACUACCGGCGACAGGCUCUCUUCUCCACGCUGUUUACCAAACGGUGUCCUGACUGUAGGCCUGUGUGUUUAACUCUCUUUUCUUCGUUUGUACAUCCUUGAUCAUGGAGAAAAAAGGCUCGAACUCCGUCGGGAAGAAAUCUAAGCCAGCAAAAGUGAAACUCGCUGAUGACCCUGUCAGAAAUUUGGAGAAAUGGAAGAAAAAGUACAACAAGACGAAAGCACGAGUAAAGCGAGAGAGGACGCAGAAGAAGAAGCCCGAGUGGCAGGUUGAACGGGAGUAUAUCAACGGGCUCGUUAGCAGGUACAAGGAUAUCAAUAUUAAGGAGGCUGUGAAAUUUUCUGACUUUCCCAUUUCAAAGAAAACCUUAUUAGGUCUGCAGGGAGCUCAGUACAGACAACCCACGGAGAUCCAGAGACAGACUAUCGGCUUCGCAUUGAAAGGGAAAGAUGUUCUCGGCGCGGCCAAGACCGGCUCUGGGAAGACUUUAGCUUUUCUCAUACCGGUGCUUGAGUGUCUGUACCGCCAACAGUGGACCUCCAUGGAUGGCCUCGGUGCCCUCAUCAUAUCCCCCACAAGAGAGCUCGCCUACCAGACCUUUGAAGUCCUCCGCAAGGUGGGAAAGAACCACGACUUUUCUGCGGGGCUCAUCAUCGGUGGAAAGGACUUAAAGACCGAGUCCGAAAAGAUUCACCGCACCAACAUCGUCAUCUGCACCCCGGGCCGGCUGCUCCAGCAUAUGGAUGAAACAGCCGCCUUUCACGCAUCCAACCUCCACAUGCUGGUCCUGGACGAGGCGGACCGCAUCCUAGACAUGGGCUUCGCGGAUACUCUGAACGCCAUCGUGGAGAACCUCCCCAAGUCACGGCAGACGCUGCUGUUCUCUGCCACCCAGACCAAGUCAGUCAAAGACCUGGCCCGGCUCAGCCUCAUAGACCCAGAGUAUGUGUGGGUCCACGAGAAGGCCAAGUUCAGUACACCGGCCACGCUUGAGCAAAGCUAUGUGGUGUGUGAUCUCCCCCAGAAGGUCAACAUGCUCUACUCCUUCAUCAGGAGCCACCUGAAGAAGAAGAUUAUUGUCUUCUUUGCCUGUUGUAAGGAGGUCCAGUACUUGUUUCGAGCCUUCUGCCGUCUCAGACCAGGCAUGCCCAUCCUGGCUUUGCAUGGCAAGCAGCAGCAGAUGAAGAGAGUGGAGGUCUACAAUGAUUUCCUCAAAAAGCAAAACGCAGUACUCUUUGCCACUGACAUAGCCGCCAGAGGCCUUGACUUCCCUGCUGUCAACUGGGUCCUGCAGUUUGACUGUCCGGAGGAUGCAGAUACCUACAUCCACAGGGUGGGACGGACUGCCAGGUACAAGGAGGGUGGGGAGGCCCUGUUGUUGCUGCUUCCUUCAGAAGAGAAAGGCAUGCUCAGACAGCUGCAGGAGAAGAAGGUCCCCAUCAAUAAAAUCCAGGUGAAUGCAGACAAACUUCUGAGUAUUCAGCAGAAGCUGGAUGCCUUCUUGGCCCAGGAAAAGGAGCAGAAGGAGAGAGCUCAGAGGUGUUUUGUUUCCUAUCUUCGCUCUGUUUACCUGAUGAAGAACAAAGAAGUGUUUGAUGUCUUCAAACUCCAGAUUAAGGAGUAUGCCCUUUCUCUUGGCUUAGCUGUGGCUCCGAGGGUGCGCUUCUUAAGUAAGGCUCAGGCACAAAGAGGAGAAAAAGAAGGCCAGAGAGAGGAUGAACAGUCUGAAGAGGAGGAAGAGCUGAGGAGCUUUAAGGCUCAGCUGGGUGGAAACAUUCCUCAUGAAGACGCUCAGAGUUCAGAGUCAGAAGAUUCAAGCGAUGGGGAAGGAAGUGGUAAUGAUCAAGAGUCCCAUCAGUCUAAAACACCUCUCCUGGGAGCAGAUGACAGCAGUGAGGAUGAUGAAAAUCAAAGAGACUUGCUUACAGUCAAAAGGAAAAAUGUCUUUAAUCUGGAGGAGGACGAAGACAGUUCAACAUCUGACGUGGACUCCAAAAGUAAAAUAGAGAAACUGACAAAGUUUAAAGAAGCCAAAAAAGCCCUCAAGAGAAACUUCCAAAUCAAUACCAAAGUUGCAUUCAACGAAGAAGGAGAGGCUGUACAACUCUGGCCUCAAGUCCAAAGAGCAGUGACCGGUGGAGAGGAAGAGGAGGAGGAGGAGGUUUCGGGUAUCAAUGUGGAGAAGGCUAAGGAGAGGCUGAAACGUGAGGACCAGGAGUACGACAAGCUGGAGUACAGCCGCAAAGUGAAAGCCAAACACAGAGAGAAGAGGUUGAAGGCCAAGGAAGCCAGGAGGGAGGCUAGCAAGCAGCGUGAACAGAAAUCAGAUGAAGAGGACGAGGAGGAUGACGUGGUGGCUUACCUGGCCAAUCACAGUGAAGACGAGUUUGAUCCCAGUUCACUGCCAGACCCUGAUAAACCACACUCGGAGGAGGAGGAUGAACCGAGGGCAGCGAAACGACAUCACAGCAGUGAGAGCAGUGACGAUGAAGAGGAGAAGCUCACUGUGGGGAUGAAGAAAAAGGCAAAGAAGGAGGAGGAUGAACCUGCAGCCUUGGACACUGGGCUCUCUUUGGCUGAAGACGAGGAGUUAGUCUUGCAUCUGUUAGGAGGACGGGUGUAGAGGAAGUAGGGGUCAUUGGACUUUGAGAGAAUGAACAAUGUUAACAUGUUUAAUCAACACAUUUUUAACACAUUAAAUCAAAUCUAUUUUCUAUAGUUUAAAGUAAGAGUGUGAGCAAACAAGCAAAGUUUAGAAGAUUGUUUCAGAGUGUUAUUUGUUGAGAUUCACAAACUCAUCUGCUUCAUCAGGACUAUGAAUAUAUAGUUUAAUUCAACUUUAUUUAUAAAGAAACAAUCCUCUAAUCUCUAACAGGGAAAAAAGAAAUUAAUACUUUUCUAAUCUUACCAUCAAAACUUUGCUGAGUUCUUCUUAAGACUGAAAACUGAAUUGUUUUGAUUCAUCUUUACAUGUCAAAUUAUUAAAUGUAUGAAAUGAAUAACUGCA